GGGUCGGGCCGGGCAGAGCACAGUGUAAGAGGUGAUCCUCAAAGGGAUGCUGGGGCGGGUCUGGCCAACACUUUCCUCCCGUUCAGAACUCCCGGUCUGGAGUUCUGGGACAUGGACAAGCCAGGCUGCCAUUCUCCGUACAGGGCUCCACAGUGUCCUGCUCAGCAGAGUAGGGGAGCUGGUGGGGAUGGAGGGCGCUUAGCUAAAAGCUUUGUAUAGGCUGAAGCUCUGAGUGACCCUGGUGGGCCACCCUACCCUGGUCUGCACUGGGUCAUUGCAUCCCCAGAUUGGAAGGCUUGGUGAGAUGGAGAGGAACCUUGGCUACGAGCUAUAGCUUAGCCCCCCAGAGCCAGCUGGAGGGGAAACAAACAAGCCUGGACCUGAGGCUGGGACUAGCUUUCCUGUUUCUGGAGUGGAUGCCAACCCCCUGCCCACCAGCCUGCCUGCCCACGUCAGGGACAUGGAGACUCCUUCCCUUUCCAGACUGGAAAGCCCCCUCCCAGGAGAGCAGGAAGGAAGAAACCUGCGACUCUUCCAGCCCUGGACCUUGGGCUGAGCCUACAGUUCAAGGUUGCCUCCUCACCCGGAGGCUGCGGGCCUGGGGCGGCCUGGCUGGAGGGGCAACGUUCACGGUAAUCUGGCUUUUCUGGCUGCGGGGAUCAGCUCCGGGAAGUGCCCCAGUGCCCCAGCCCACACUUACCAUCCUUAUCUGGCACUGGCCUUUCACCAACCGGCCGCCAGAGCUGCCUGGUGACAUCUGCACUCGCUAUGGCAUGGCCAGCUGCCGCCUGAGUGCUAACCGGAGCCUGCUAGCCAGUGCUGAUGCUGUGGUCUUCCACCACCGUGAGCUGGAGACCCGGCGAUCUCGCCUGCCCCUGGACCAGAGGCCACAUGGACAGCCUUGGGUCUGGGCCUCCAUGGAAUCGCCCAGUAAUACCCAUGGUCUCCAUCACUUCCGGGGCAUCUUCAACUGGGUGCUGAGCUAUCGGCGUGAUUCAGAUAUCUUUGUACCCUAUGGUCGCUUGGAGCCUCUCUCUGGGCCCACACCCCGACUACCUGCCAAAAGCAGGAUGGCUGCCUGGGUGAUCAGCAAUUUCCAGGAGCGGCAGCAGCGGGCAAAGCUGUACCGGCAGCUGGCCCCUCAUCUGCAGGUGGAUGUGUUUGGUCGUGCCAGCGGACGGCCCCUGUGCGCUAACUGUCUGCUGCCCACGUUGGCCCGGUACCGCUUCUACUUGUCCUUUGAGAACUCACAACAUCGGGACUACAUCACUGAGAAGUUCUGGCGCAAUGCACUGGCGGCUGGUGCUGUACCUGUGGUGCUGGGACCUCCUCGGGCCACCUACGAGGCUUUUGUGCCACCAGAUGCAUUUAUACACGUGGAUGACUUCAGUUCUGCCCGUGAACUGGCUGUCUUCCUUGUCAGCAUGAAUGAGAGUCGUUAUCAUGACUUCUUUGCUUGGCGAGACCGGCUCCGUGUGCGACUCCUGGGUGACUGGAGGGAGCGCUUCUGCGCCAUCUGUGCCCGCUACCCUUACUUGCCCCGCAGCCAGGUCUAUGAAGAUCUUGAAAGCUGGUUCCAGGCUUGAACUCCUGCUGCUGGGAGAGGCUGUGUGAGUGGAAGAUUGAUGUUGAAACCGAAGAGCUGAGCAUCCAGGCUUUUGGUCACCAUGGGACUAACCCAAGGCUUUAAGUUCAGUGAGCAGGAAGUCAGGGUAUAAAGAGAAGACUGGGCUGAAAUGCCAUAUGGAUGAGGACUCUGGUGGGCUUUAGAGGAGGGGUCCAGGGAGAGAGCAUAUGGGGAAGGUGGCUGAGGGUCCCUGAUUUACCUUGACCGUGCCCAUGGCUGAAGGCUCAGAUGAAAAGGCGAGGUAGUACUCGGAGCUGGGACAAGCACAGGACCCUCACUUCCCCAGUCAAGGUGCUUAGCCUCAAGGUUACAGAUGCGUGCUCCAGAACUCUGGGUGCAGACUUUACACUGGGCGCAGGGGGUUGUGGAAGAACAGUGCAGAUGGUUCUGGGCUUUUGACACCACAGUUCCCUCGGGGAAAGAAGCACCGCUAAUAAAGACACUGACAGAAA